AUGAGCAACGUGUCCAGCGUUUGCCAUCUGGUCGGCCUUCGUUGUUAUCCUACACCAGACUUGAACGCGAAUUCCAGCUCCGUUUCAUCGCCAUCUGUUGUCCCGCCCAACCUCGACGCCCUCAGGCUGGGUCACGCGCCAUCGCCAUGCCGCCUCUUGUCUCUGUCUCACUCGUUCGCCCCCGGCGCCGGCACUGCAAGAACGGCGGUGUGA